AUGACAUUGACCUAUACCGUGACAGAGGCGAUGCCUCAGAUAGUCGAAGACCUUCGUAAAACAUUCAGAUCAAAUGUGACAAAGCCUCUCUCAUAUAGAAAAGCACAACUGAAACAGCUGUAUCUGUUGCUCGAUGAGAAUGAAAAUUUGAUUUUUGAUGCGGUACAUAAAGACGGUCGUAAACCGCGUGCAGAGGCAUGGCUUGGAGAGACCGUUAUUACAAAGGAGGAGAUCGUGGAAGUGUUAAAAAAUCUAGAUAACUGGGCUGCAAGCGAGUAUGUAAAAGUAGGCAUGGGACAUAUGCUAAACAGCUGUCAUGUACGAAAGGAGCCUGUUGGCACUGUUUUAAUUAUCGGUUCGUGGAAUUACCCCAUCGCACUCUUACUCGGCCCACUCAUCGGUGCAAUUGCCGCUGGCUGUACGGCAAUCUGCAAACCAUCUGAAAUAGCUUCCCAUACAGCCGUUCUUCUAGAUGAACUCCUUCCCAAAUAUCUCGAUCAAUCGGCUUAUCGUAUCGUUCAUGGUGGACCAGAGGAAACAGCCAUUUUAUUAAAAUGCAAAUUUGAUCACAUAUUCUACACCGGUUCAGGCUCCGUUGGUAAAUCGAUUAUGGCGGCGGCAGCAAAUCAUUUGACGCGAGUUACUCUGGAACUCGGUGGAAAGAGUCCUGUCAUUGUUGGUAAUGAUGCGGACCCGUCUAUUGUUGCCAAGCGUGUUGCUUGGGGAAAGUUUUUCAACUGUGGGCAGACUUGUAUAGCUCCCGAUUACAUCAUAUGCGAGCGGUCUAUGCAAGAAGCACUUCUGAAACAUUUACCAAUGGCUUUAAAAGAACUAUACGGAGGAGAUGUGAAGGAGAGUCCUGACUAUGCUCGUUUAGUCAGCAGCAAACACUUUGACAGAUUGGCGAACAUGUUGACUCAGACUCAAGGCAGAGUUGCCAUUGGCGGCGAAACAGACUUGAAGGAACUGUAUAUUUCCCCUACCAUUGUUGCAGACGUAUCAAAGGAUGAUAUCUUGAUGCAAGAUGAGUUGUUUGGACCAGUUCUUCCCAUAGUAGUUGUAGAUAAUCUUGACGAUGCAAUCGAUUAUGUGAAUAGCAAAGACUCUCCUUUGACUAUAUAUCCUUUUAGUAAGAACUCCAAGACAAUUGAAUACAGCGAAUUUCCUGAAAGCACGGGAAGCAUUAUUAUUCGAGCGGUUACUAACACUUCUGAUGGUCUAGUUCUCGAAAAUACGCGAUCGGGAGCCGCUGUUACAAAUGACGUUAUAAUGCAUUUUAGUGUCACAAACCUUCCUUUUGGUGGCGUUGGAGCAUCUGGUAUAGGUAGUUACCAUGGAAAAAAGUCAUUUGACACCUUCACCCAUGAGCGCUCUACCAUGAAUACACCAUAUUAUGCUGAGAAAUUUUUGGAAAUACGGUAUCCGCCCUACAAAGAGAACAAGUUAAAGAUGCUUCAAUGGCUAUUCUUCUCAAAACGUGACUACAGGAAUAAUAAGAGCGUUCGUAUAUUCACAUUGAAAAAAUUCUUCGGGUAUUCCCUAAUUGUUGUAAUUCUUGCUUACUCGCUGAGGAAUUCAAAUAUGCUUGAAAGUCUCGUAAAUUUCAUAAAAGCUUGGUUUAAAACAUAG